CAGUCAGUGUUCGUGAUGGUUGUGUUAUUACAGCGACAAGACGCUAUCAGGCGGCGGACGCAAGAUGAGGCGCCGACGUGGCGACUAUGGGGAGAGGAAAAAUGCGACGGCGCCAUCUACACCGUGUACCUGAAGAAGGUGCGCUAUCACCACCCCUCGCGGAGCAUAACACAGGAGAGCGAUGACGAUGAGAUCUCGCACCUGGAGUGGGAGACGGUGCGGGUCCGGUUCCUCAAGGCCGGGACUCUUGAGCGCCUGGUGGAGUCCCUCGCCUCGGACACGGGGGAGCUGGAGUCCACCUUCGUCAACGUAUUCCUGGCCACCUACCGCACCUUCUCCACCACCAGCCAGGUCCUCAACCUCAUCAUCGACCGCUACCUGGCCCUCCAAGCCGCCGCCUCUUCACCCUCCUCUUCAUCUCCGUCACUGUCCUCGAAUUGCAACAAGAAGAUAAAUGUUCCGCCCCACCUUCGCGAGGACCAUAUGAAGGCCCUAAGGUUAACACUACAAGUCUGGCUGGACGGCUACACAGAGGACUUCAGAGACCCUCCAGACUUUCCGUGCCUGGUGCAGCUCAAAAAAUUCACUCAAGAAAACUUGCCAGACUCAGACCUCCACAUCAAGGUGGCCUACAAGCUGGACAAGAUGAAGCGAGAACAUGGUUCCCCGAUGCUGCAGAAGAUCUGGUCCUGUGGCGAGGAGAUGCGUGUCCACUGCCCUUCCCCCAUGACCAACGGCACACACCACCCGUAUGACUUUGCGGACAUACCAGAAGCCACCUUUGCUCAACAGCUGACACGUAUGGACACAGUGCUGUUCAAGGGGGUCAUUGCUCACCAGUGCCUGGGAUCAGUGUGGUCACGGCGGGACAGGGGCCGUGGGGACGCAGCGGCCUCGGUUGCAGCCACAGUGGAGCAGUUCAAUGCUGUCAGCUUCCGGGUUCAGUCCACCAUCCUGGUUGACACGGAAUUGAAACCUUCACAGCGAGCAAAACUCAUCACCAAGUGGAUUGACAUUGCUCAGGAAUUAAGAAUGCACAAGAAUUUUUCAUCCUUGAAGGCAAUAAUCUCUGGGCUUCAGUCAAAUCCCAUCUACAGAUUAAAGAAGACCUGGGGUGCUGUGAUCAAGGAUAAGGCUGAGUUGUUUGAGGAACUUGCCAGAAUAUUCAGCGAGGAGAACAAUCAGUUGAACCAGCGGGAGCUGCUGAUGAAGGAGGGAACAGCCAAGCAUGCCCAGACAGCCCACGCCAAUGACCGCCACCUGCCCAAGGCGCUGGAGAAGUUGGCUACCAAUCCACUGGCCACAAGUUAUGGCACCAUUCCCUACCUCGGAACAUUCCUCACCGACUUGACCAUGAUUGAUACAGCCAUCCCUGAUACUGUUGCUGAUGGACUUAUCAAUUUUGACAAGAAACGCAAAGAAUUUGAAGUCUUGGCACAGAUCCGGUUGUUGCAAGGAGCUGCCAAUGCCUACCAGAUGGAGUGGGAUGAGCAGUUUGAGAGGUGGUGGGAGUCUGUGCUGGUGUUGGAUGAUAAGGAGGCUUGGCGGCUCUCAUGCCAGAUAGAGCCACAGGGCUCAUCCUCCACCAGAGAAGGAAAAUUAAGGAAAAAAGCUCAGUGUCACCAAGAAUGACAGCAGCAUUGCAGCACCUCCUCUGGGUCCUCCAGCAGUCAGUUCUUCUUUGACAAUGACUCUUUGAGCACCCCACUAAGCCACAAUGACUCUUGCUCCUUAGAGAGAAAGAUGUCCACCUCAUCUAGCAGCUCAUCUCUCCCAUCACUGGAUGUGUCAGUUCACUCAGGUGGCACCACAGCCUCGGGUCGUACUCCAGACCGCUCUGUGUCCACCACACAACUGAACCAGCCUAACCAAACCUCUCCGUAUAUCACUCCUGACUUCUACAUCAUCAGAGUUUCUAUUGAAAGCAGUGCUCAUGAACUAGAAGGAGUGAACUUGUACAAGAGUAUCAUGCUGAGUAAUUCUGAACGCACCGUCUCUGUCAUCCGCAAGGCCAUGGAAAAGCAUGGUUUUGAAGGCAACCCAGAAGACUAUACUCUAGCACAGUUCCUGCCUGAUGGAGAGAUGCUGCUUCCUGCUUCAGCAAAUGUGUAUUAUGCCAUCAACACACAACACGACCUCAACUUUGUGCUGCGGCGGCGGCGGCACGGCGAUGAAUCAACCAUCAUCAGAAGAAAUCCUGCCAAGGAUCACAAAGUUCGGAAGAAGCUCCUAGUGACCUAGUGAGGCAAACUGUGGACCUCACCGGUGUCUGCCUGGUGGUCUCUGUGACUUAUCCAAACUAGAUGAGUUCCUUUUUGUAAUUCAUCUAGAUUUUGCUGUUUACUUGCAAGGCAACUAAAAUGUGUGACCAUUCAGUGUGGUAGACCGUGGCUUUAAAGCAAUGAACAGGAUAAAAGUGGCUUAGCUGAAGAACGUUUUGAUACAUUCGUGCUGACUCAAAUCUGAACAUUGUGCACCGACUUCAGCUACGUAUCACUCCUUGUGCUGUGAAUUCAUGUUGACUCAUCCUGUGACUUCUCAAGAUCCCAUUGUUUGGCACCCAAGCGUCCAUGGUUGUAAUGCAGUGAGAUCGCACCGUGAAGGUAUUGCUGUAGUGUACACGCAGCUCCUGUGAAGGCUGUCUCACAUACACAAUACUCAAACAUCUAUGUUACUCAGCUUUAAGUCUAGGAACUUGUGAAGGAUUUCUUGGUUCUAUCCUAGCUGUCCAGUACUCUUCCUCGCAAAGUCUCCUCUCACGUGGACCCUAAUUUCUUGUAUAGAAUUAGCCACGCAGCUAACUCCAUACAGCCCCACGUGUUGCCUCCUCCCAUGCAUCUCCCACUACCUUCAGUUGCGAGUGGGAGUAUUGUGCACCAUCACCCUUUCCCCAUCAUCCUGCACUCUUUUAGAUCAGUAGAGUUAGCAAGUGUCCAUUACGCUCCACAAUCACCGCUUAACCACCACCCCCCCUCCCACCAGCAUCUUCCUCACCUCACACAUCUUCACCCAGGCUGCUGGUGCCCCUCACCCCUAACAGUCAUGCACCCCCUCAUGCCCCUUCCCUGCACCCCAUUCCCUUGGUGUAGGUCCUCCAAGGUAUUUUAAAGUAACUUGUUUCAUGUUAAAUUUUGUGUUUGAGAAGUAGUGUAAAUCCUCUAUCAUCCUUUGUAAGCUGGAAGAUAUUAUAAUGCAGAGUACAGGUUUAUUUAAUGGAGUUCAAAUUAUAAGUUUAUUGAGAUGUAAAUAGUGUUAAGCUCUUGUAUACAUGUACAUUGUUACCUUUGUAAAUAAAGUCUACAAUUUUUA